GAUAAAAUCAUAAUUUAAAAACUGUUUUUAUAUUUACUUAUGUUAUAUUUGGCUGAUGUGAAAGUUUGUUUGAUAAUCUGAAAAAUGUAAGUAUGACAAGAAAGCAAAAAAGAAACAAAAGAAAUCUGUAGGGGGCAAUUGUUUUUUUCACGCCACUGAAUCAACAUUCAGAAUUUAAUACAAAUUGAAUACAUUUUUGAGUGGUUUUCGGAGAGUUUUGUGGUAGGUUAAGUGAUCUAUGUUGGAAUUAUGUUACAUUUUGGGUGAAUGGAAAAGGCGAAAAUCAUUUCAAACAUUCAUUCUACUUUUCCUCCUCCAGCGUUUGCUUCUCCAGGAGUUGCGUCAGGCUGGAUUAAGUUCAAUAAGAUUAACUCCACCGAGCCCAGUGUCCCACACAGAGGCUCCUCACGCCUUCCUCCAAAACCACAAUGGCCACGUUCUGCUUAGCGCUAGCUGCCCUGCUAAUUUCCAGUGUUUUUCAUUCUGCCUUCAGUUUCUGCGUGACGGGAUGCUCCUGUAUGGAGGACAGUUUCGGCAGAUCUUUAUCAUGUAUGGAAACAGCCUUGGCAUCCAUACCCCAGAACAUACCUGGAGAUUUCAUAAAGAUACGAAUCGAGAACUCCCACCUGACUGAAAUUCCCCAGAGAGCGUUCUUUACCGUCAGUGCCUUGGACUCACUGUGGCUGAACUUUAACGACAUUGCCCUGAUGAACGCCAAGAGUCUGGAGGGUCUUAACAACCUGACCGAACUCAGACUGCAGGGCAACAAGCUGAGGUCCGUACCGUGGACGGCCUUCCAGGACGCGCCCAACCUCAAAAUCCUGGACCUGAAGCACAACCGGCUAGACGUGCUGCCGGAACACGCCCUGCGCCACCUGCCCGCGCUGACCUAUUUAGACUUAUCCUUCAAUCAGCUUAAGGUCAUAUCCCGGGACGUUUUCCUAAACUGGCCGCGCUACCGCCCACAGACGCAUGGCAGGAGGGAGGAGGAUGCAGCCAAUGUUGUGUUAGCAUUGCACGACAACCAGUGGCUCUGCGACUGCCGCCUCAAGGGCUUUGUCGAGUUCAUCAAAUCCGUCAGUCCUCCCAUCAUCCUGAUGAACUCCUAUCUGACAUGUUCUGGUCCGGAUUCCAGAGCAGGGAAGUUCUUCCACGAGCUGGAGCUAAAGACCUGCCUGAAGCCACAGACGUCCACUCCAGAAGUGAACAUCACGCUGCCGCUGGGAGCAAAUGUUACGCUGCGCUGCUUCGUAAAGGCCAGGCCUGAUCCGGUGGUGCAGUGGAGCUACAGCCUAAAGACCAUCAGAGGAUUUACAGUCUCGCAGUCUCAGGUGGGCGAGGACACCAUCGGUUCUGCCCUGAUAAUCCCCUCAGUUCAUGUGGCUGACCGUGGCCUCUACACAUGCACUGCCAACAACUUCAUUGGCAACUCCUCUGUGAGCAUUCAGCUCAACGUUCUCUCUACCAACGCCUCCUUCCCCUUGUCCCCCAGCUUUCCUCUGGCCUCCGCUGACCAGAACGUCUACAUCGACAUCCGAAUCGCCAAGCAGACCGUGUACGGUAUCACUGUGGAAUGGUAUGCUGCGACAGAGAACCCCACAGAGACCUGGUUCACCAUCCACUUCGGCCGCUAUGACUCCCCGAAGAAAGAGAUGCUUUACGUCGGGCCGGGAAUCAACAGCUACUCCGUGAACGACCUGCUGCCGGUCACCAAGUAUGAGGUGUGCGUUUCCCUAAAAAACCAGCCUCCUCGAUCGGAGCAGUGCAUUGUGUUCGUGACAGGAAGUGGAACCAAUGAACUGGAGCAGCGUGAGAGACUCAUUCACAUCAUCGUGAUCGUUUGUGCCAUGGUGCUAGCAGUCCCUGCGGGCAUGUAUGCCUGCACCACCAACACCAGGCUCAGCUGCUUUGACCGCUGCACGGGACUCUGCAAGAGGAAGAAGAAGGGCGGGAAUCUGGGGGACCGGCAGGGAACUUUCGACAGUUUGCAGGCCGCCAGCGACGAAGGAUUGUGCAGAGACUCUGGAGAGGAGAGGAAAAUGAGGCGGCGGUCCGAAGACAAACCCCACAAGGGCAACAGUGCCCAACUGUACUGACUGACCACCUGUACUAACUGCUGUUCUAACUGACCAUGUGUACACAGUCUCAAGUAAAAGUUGAAGUCAGCUAUAGAACCUCCAAAUGAGGUGCUGUACAUUGGGUGGUACAGUGUGUUGUCCAGUGUGUGGUGAAGCUUUAGAUAUUAUCUUGACCCUUUACAUUCUAUUAAGUGUCUUAAAUAUUUAAUAUUUUAUAUACAAUUAAAUUGAGACCAGUAUUUAAUAUUUAUAAUGAGCUGAAUAAAAUAAUGAAACAAAUAACAAUUGCUUUUAAAAAGUACAAAAUUCAAUCAGACACUUUGGCCAGAAAGUUUUGGCCAGAAAGUUUUGAAAAAACAAAUUCUGGUAAUGUUUUUGAUGGUUUAGGCUUUAAAGAGGAAUUUAUUUUCUGUAUAUUAUUUUAUUUACAUAUUUUACACUUGCAAAAUGUUUAAAUGUUUGAAAUAAAUGCAAUUAAAUGUGUUAUGUCUUUAGAAAAGACGAAUCUGGUGUUUUAUGAUUUCUACUCUCAUCUAUCAGACAUUUUUCUUAUGUUUUUCUUGUGUUGUAAGAUUAAAAUAUUUCAGUUUCUUAAACUCA